ACCCUUUUAAGGCCAUCACCGCUCUUUGCAUCAAUUUCCAAAACCCAUUUAGCUCUUGCGUUCUUGCUCUCUUAACAUAGCUCCAUGGCUUCGUCAAUCUCAAUCGCUCUCAGAAGGGCCUCAUCCCCAAGCCUCUUCUCCAAGCUCUUCAACCCUCUUCGCUCUGUUUCAGUAGCUCCCUCUGUUUCUCGCUCCUUCAACACCAACGCCCAGAGGACCAGCUACGACGACGAUGACCGGAGCGUCUCCGUCGACCGCACCACCACCAGCUCUCCCUCUCGCCGCCGUGACCCUAUAGAUGUGUUUGAUCCAUUUUACGAUGAGUCUCGGAGUCUUGCAAGAAGUCUGAACCAGGUGCCAAGAAGUCUGAGCCAGGUCCUUAACUUGAUGGACCAAUUCAUGGACAACCCAUACCUGGCUGCGUCUCGAGGAGUCGGUGCAGCCGGAUCAAGAAGAGGGUGGGACGUGAAGGAAAACGACGAUGCAUUGCUGCUGAGGAUGGACAUGCCAGGGCUUGAGAAGGGGGACGUGAAGGUGUCUGUGGAGCAGAACACUCUGACUGUGAGAGGAGAAGGAAAGGACCCUGAGGAUGAAGAAGAAGGAGGGAGGAGAUUCUCUAGCCGAUUGGAUCUGCCUCCUAACCUUUAUGAGCUCGAUUCGAUCAAGGCCGAAAUGAAGAAUGGGGUUCUCAAGGUGGUGGUUCCUAAGGUGAGAGAGGAGGAGAAGAAGAAUGUGUAUGAGGUGAAGAUUGAUUAGAGAGAUGGCUGGGUUGGUCUUGUGAAUUUCUGAGGUGUUUGAACAUACUGAGUCCUUUUCGAGUUGUAGCUUUUGUUUUCGUGGUUUGGUCUAGGAUUGUAAGCUCUGCUUUUCGAUGAAUAAUAGAAAUCCAAAUCAGAGUUGUAAGCCGAUUGUAACUUUAGCCAAAUGCAGAUACUAAGAACUGACGAUUUUCAUUUACAUGAAAUGUGAAUCCAUCUGUCAUUUCUCCAAA